CAGCAAUCAGUAACAAACGUACCUUCCCAGUAUCCUAGCAACGUCGAAACUUCCUACGCGACCCUUGGUGCCCCACUAUCUCUUGUUAUUUCAGUAUUCCUUUUUAUUUCUCGAUUCCUAGCAAUGGAUCAAUCCUCUAAUUAUUCCACUUCAUCUGAAGACGACACUCACGCCAUGGCUCGUCACAAUGCGACUCGAGGGCGUCUGCCCAAGCGUGUUGAACUCGACUUGAGUGCCGUCAUGAAUGUGGAACAGAAAUUCCAACUUCAACGACUUGUCAAUGCCAUUAUGGAUGAUAUUCAGAAGCAGCUACGCGACAACUUCGAUCAGCUGAGUCCCUCCCAGAUCGCCCCCGAGCUGGGCAUCAACCCCCCUAAGCCGACAUGUAACAUCAUCCCCAACCCUCGCAGCGAGAAGUAUCGUCACUUGUACAUCGAAGGAGUACCGCCUCCGACCACUGCUACCGACUCCCGCAAAGAGAAUGUGAAGCCCGCCCAACAACCCGACAUAAUUACCAAGGCACCGGGCGUCACAUGGAAGGCCCCCAAGUCCCCUCAUGAGCUCCGCGCGAUGUAUCAGAAGACAGAAGCUGAAGUGUUGACAGCCAGCCUUGCCGAAUUGAAGCGAGACAACCUUGCUAACUUCAGUAAAUGGCGACUGGGCGUGCAGAAGCGACUCCAAGAUAUCGUUAUCAAGAAUGGCGGAACCAGUGGUAAUGUUGGUGGCCAGGGACUACCACAGGCAUCAGGAUCCGGCACAUGCGCCGGGGAUUCCAACAUUGCUCUUGUUAGUCUUAACCCUCCGACUCCAACGCCCUUGAAGGAAUGCCCCAAGGAGAAGCGCGCAUUGAUCUUGCAUACUAUGCUACUGAUCUUACUUGGUCUGGACCAAUAUGCCAUGUACUCAAGGGUCUUAAUGGUUAAGCUUACUUCUUCCUUGUGUAUCCCGAUGUAUGUUCUACUACAUGAUGAAGUCAGAAUCUCCCGAGCGCUUUCGAAGAUCAUUACGGGUAUCCCUGUCGAAGAGAUCGUCCAAAGGCGAACGGAGGAAGCCAAGACUUCUCGACGCUGGAGGCCGGGCAUGGCCGCUGUAGCUCAGGGUGGAAAUGCCAGCACGCUGGCGGCACCCCUCGUCGUUGCUGGACUCGGUACUGUAUUUGGGGGCGCCGGACUCGAUCCUUCUGCAACAGCUGUACUGCUGGGCCCCAUGAAUGAAAGCACAGUCGUCGUCGGCACCUUGUUUGGUCUGUAUGGAGCUCGGCAAGGAAGCAAGACGAUCGACGCGCACAGCAAGGACGUCCAGGAUUUCGGUAUGGUGCUUUUGCACAACACUAGUAAAAACGAGGUUAUUGACCCCAAAGACGUCCUCCCCGAGGAUCGCCGAAUGCGAGUCACUAUCGGAAUCAGUGGGUUGCUCAAUGAUCGAAACGAUUUCCCCGACUCCUGGAAGAUUCUCGGCAACCAGAACGAAAGUUACGCUAUGAGGUGGGAUUUGGAAGCUUUGACGAAGAUGGGCGUAGCGCUGGAAUCUGCCAUGAAGAGUGUAGCUUGGCACGAAGCCAAAAAGGAGAUCGGCUCAAGGACCGUCUUCGACAGUCUCAGGCAAUCCCUAUGGCCGAGCAGCCUCGUAAAAAUCAGCAAGGUCGUUGAGAAUCCCUGGUGUGUCGGAAUGGUACGGGCAGAAAAGGCAGGCGGUGUGCUAGCUGAGUGCCUCAUGAACAGAAUCUUUGGGGAAAGACCCGUUACCCUUAUAGGCUACAGUCUCGGGGCCCGCGUUAUCUAUGCCUGCCUCAUGGCACUGUCGGAGAAGAGAGGUUUUGGUCUGGUGGAGAACGUCAUCUUGAUGGGUGCGCCUUGCCCGAGCGAAGUUCGAGUAUGGGCAGCGAUGAAAAGCGUUGUUGCUGGAAGACUGGUCAACGCCUAUUCCAAGUUUGAUUACAUGCUGGGUUUUCUCUACCGCAGCAGCAACUGGCAAGACGGUGUAGCGGGACUGCAGAGAGUCGAGGGCGUACCGAAUGUCGAGAAUUGCGACGUAGGCGACGUGAUUAUAAACCACCUUCGAUACUGUAAUCUCGCCGGUAGUAUUCUGAGACGGGUCGGCUGGGAGGAUAUUGAUUAUAGCAAGGUCGGCGGCGAGCAAUGGAAGUUGAACGUGCAGAUGAAUACUGAGAAGGAGCUCCAGGAAGAACGCGAGCAAAUUGAAAAGGUGGCCGACAAUGACAUUCCCAAGACGAAAACGAAGGUCUCGAGGGAACUCCAAGAAGCUACGAACAAGAUGCGACGUGCGACACUUGGUAACAAGUAGGGGCGAAAUCCAGGGGAGCACCGAGCUCGCCCAAGCCCUCGAUAUUUGUGAACACGGAGGCAUAUCUAGGACGGGUUUAGUCGCAAGGUGUUAGGUGGGGGGAGGCUUAUUGUUAUGAGUAUAUCAUCAAGAACCGCGAGCUUUUCGAGCUAUAAGGG